UAGCCUCGCACCUCGCGUCUUGACAUCGUCACUUCCGGCGCCGCUCUAGCCUUUCCCGUCUCUGUGGUUCCGGUCUCCGGCCGUCGGGCGCAGGGUGAAAGUCACUUUCAGGCAGAGCCGGAACAAAAAUGGCGGACAGCAUCCAGGCCAAGCUGGACAACUACAGGACUGCUCCAUUCGACAGCAGGUUCCCAAAUCAAAACCAGACUCGCAACUGCUGGCAGAACUACCUUGACUUCCAUCGCUGCGAGAAAGCCAUGGCGGCCAAGGGAGCUGACGCCACGUGCUGCCAGUGGUACCGUCGUGUGUACAAGUCACUCUGUCCCAUUUCUUGGGUCAAUGCCUGGGAUGAACGCAGGGAAGAAGGGACCUUUCCCGGCAAGAUCUGAUUGGCUGGUGUCGGUGUGUCGGCCACUAGUGCCCCCUUGCCUCAAGGGGCAGUGGCUCUGCUCGGCCCAAUGCCUCCGGCUGCUUCUUUGAUUGUCUUUGUCUUCACUCGAGAGUUCAGUGUCCUGCCCUGGGACAGAGUCUGAGUCUUACAAACUGGUGAUAAAAGUAAAGGGAUGAAACCUGUUA